AUGACGACUACAUCCUGCUCUGGUUUUCUUGAUCGAUAUGAAAUAUGGAAUAAUGGUUUCGAUUGUUCAUUACCUCGAGUUUGUUGUGGUACAGAAACUGAUCGUUAUUGUUGUAUUCCAUCUAAACUAUCAUUAUUAUCAUCUCAAACUUCAUAUCAAUCAUCAGAUGAUUUUGUUCUACGUACAUCUGAUAGUUUUCUCUCUGAAAAAUGGUUUCUCUUUCAAAUAUGUACAAUUGGAAUAUUUCUUGCGAUUAUUUUACUCAUUUUUAUUAUGAUCUAUCAAUGUUUAAUAUCAAUACGUCGUAAUAGACACCGUCGAAAGCAACGAAUGUCUAUUGUUGAAUUACCUCAACCAAUUACUUCACCACUAUUAAUUCAACAUAAUCGAUGUGUGCCAAAUCGUAUAUCAACAAUAAGUAGUACACCAAGUGACGCUAAAUCACGAUGUACGGAAGCAUCAACUGUAUUUAGUACGCCACUUAAUCUUUAUCCAACUGCAAACAGUCGCAAUUCGACAUUAUCAUCAUAUUAUAUGUUUCCGAAUGAGUUUGAACAGCUUUGUAAAUAG